UUCUUACAUUACUAACACUUACAACAACUAUCAUCAUAUCUUUCUGUUACUCCCAAAUGGCUGCCUCAACAAUGGCUCUUUCUUCUCCUUCUUUUGCAGGCAAGGCUGUGCAAGUAGCUCCAUCCUCAUCUGAGCUCUUUGGCAAUGGAAGAGUUUCCAUGAGGAAGACUGUCAAGAAAGUCACUGUCUCAGACAGCCCAUGGUACGGCCCAGACAGAGUCAAGUACUUGGGCCCAUUCUCUGGUGAGGCUCCAUCUUACCUGACUGGUGAAUUCCCUGGUGACUAUGGCUGGGACACUGCUGGACUCUCCGCGGAUCCCGAGACCUUUGCCAAGAACCGUGAGCUUGAAGUCAUCCACUCCAGAUGGGCUAUGCUUGGAGCUCUUGGCUGUGUGUUCCCCGAGCUCUUGGCCCGAAAUGGUGUCAAGUUUGGCGAAGCUGUGUGGUUCAAGGCUGGCUCACAGAUCUUCAGUGAGGGUGGACUUGACUACUUGGGCAACCCAAGCCUGGUCCAUGCACAGAGCAUCUUGGCCAUCUGGGCUACCCAGGUAAUACUCAUGGGCGCUGUUGAGGGCUACCGUGUUGCAGGAGGGCCACUAGGUGAGGUUAUUGACCCCCUUUACCCCGGAGGAAGCUUCGACCCAUUAGGCCUUGCGGAAGACCCUGAAGCAUUUGCUGAGCUUAAGGUGAAGGAGCUCAAGAAUGGAAGACUAGCCAUGUUCUCCAUGUUCGGGUUCUUUGUCCAGGCCAUAGUCACAGGAAAGGGCCCCUUGGAGAACCUUGCUGACCACCUUGCUGAUCCAGUUAACAACAACGCUUGGGCCUUCGCCACCAACUUUGUUCCCGGAAAGUAAAUUUAGGAGAGUAGAAGAUGAGUGUCUUGACUGUUUGAGUUUGAGUUUGUAAAACUCUUUGUGAAUUAUCAACUACAAUAUGAAAUAUAUAUGAUUUCAACUUUUGAGCAA